AUGGCGUACAACGGCCGGGGCGAUGGCUAUGACCAUCGGAUGCAGGACCUUCCUCCUAAUCCUACUUACCACCUCCCACCCGGAGAGGAGACUGAUGACGAGGCCCAGCGAUCGCUGCUAAGCCAAGGUUCAACCAUGUACGAACAAGACCGACUUGGAACACAUACACCCCCAGUCCGACCGGUCUCCGCCUACAGCCUGACCGAGUCGUAUGCUCCAGGAGCAGCUCCUACUCGCCCUGGAGUUGCCGUUGGCGCCGGGCCUGGAGUUUCUCCAUUCAACCCUGAAUAUGGCAAUGGCGGUUUCCACCAUGAGCUCGACGACACUGGCUUCCCUGUUGGGCAGCCGGGGCGCCCUGCGUCUUCAAUCGAUCCUGACGAGAGCUGGCUCAGACGUCAAGAUCCGAGAAUGGCCCCUAGCGGCGGCCUGAAGCGCUAUGCCACCCGUAAAGUCAAGCUUGUUCAGGGCUCCGUCCUGAGCAUUGACUACCCAGUCCCCAGUGCCAUCAGAAAUGCUGUACAGCCCAAGUACCGAGAUAUCGAGGGAAACAAUGAGGAGUUCAUGAAGAUGCGAUAUACUGCCGCAACUUGCGACCCGAACGACUUUACCCUCAAGAACGGCUACGAUCUGCGCCCUCGCAUGUACAACAGACACACCGAGCUUCUCAUUGCGGUCACGUACUAUAACGAGGACAAGGUCUUGCUCUCCAGAACCCUCCACGGUGUGAUGCAGAAUAUUCGAGACAUUGUCAACCUUAAGAAGUCGACAUUCUGGAACAAGGGUGGUCCUGCAUGGCAGAAAAUUGUCGUCUGCUUGGUUUUCGACGGUCUCGAGAAAGCUGACAAGAACGUCCUGGACGUACUAGCCACAAUUGGUGUCUACCAGGACGGAGUUGUCAAGAAGGAUGUUAAUGGCGAAGAGACCGUCGCUCACAUUUUCGAGUACACCACCCAGCUGUCUGUGACUCCGAACCAGCAGCUCAUUCGACCAAUGGAUGAGAGCGCAUCCACAUUGCCUCCUGUUCAGUUCAUCUUCUGUCUGAAGGGCAAGAACAGCAAGAAGAUCAACUCUCACCGUUGGCUGUUUAAUGCCUUUGGCCGUAUCCUAAACCCUGAGGUCUGCAUCUUGAUUGAUGCUGGUACAAAACCCAGCCCGAAGUCACUUUUGGCGCUUUGGGAGGGCUUUUACAACGACAAGGACUUAGGAGGUGCCUGUGGUGAGAUACACGCUAUGUUAGGAAAGGGUGGGCGCAAGCUGCUGAACCCGUUGGUAGCUGUGCAGAACUUCGAGUACAAGAUCUCUAACAUUCUGGACAAGCCUUUGGAGAGCGCCUUUGGUUACGUUAGUGUGUUGCCGGGUGCUUUCUCCGCCUACAGAUUCAGAGCUAUCAUGGGCCGGCCCCUGGAGCAAUACUUCCACGGUGACCAUACUCUAUCCAAGAUUCUUGGUAAGAAGGGUAUCGAGGGCAUGAACAUUUUCAAGAAGAACAUGUUCUUGGCCGAAGAUCGUAUUCUUUGCUUCGAAUUGGUCGCCAAGGCCGGUCAGAAGUGGCAUUUGAGCUAUAUCAAAGCCGCAAAGGGUGAAACAGAUGUUCCUGAAGGAGCUCCAGAGUUCAUCUCUCAGCGUCGACGAUGGCUCAACGGUUCAUUCGCCGCCAGCUUGUACUCCCUGAUGCAUUUCGGACGUAUGUACAAGAGUGGUCACAACCUGAUUCGCAUGUUCUUCCUCCACAUCCAGCUCAUCUACAACAUUCUCAACGUCAUCUUCACCUGGUUCUCUCUGGCAUCCUAUUGGCUCACCACAACGGUUAUCAUGGACCUUGUCGGCACCCCUACUGUGGCUUCUGACUCGUCUUCGGAACACCACGGCUGGCCUUUUGGUGACACAGUCACUCCCUUUGUGAACGCAUCUUUGAAGUAUAUCUACUUGGCCUUCGUCAUCCUGCAGUUCAUUUUGGCUCUGGGUAAUCGGCCGAAGGGAUCCAAGUACACAUACAUCACAUCAUUCGUUGUCUUCGCAGUCAUUCAGACAUACAUUCUAAUCCUAUCUGCGUAUCUCGUCGUCCAGGCUUUCAAUACUCCUCUUUCUGAACAAAUCAAGACAGACAACGUUGGCGACUUCUUGGGAAGCAUUUUCGGAGGUUCAUCAUCAGCAGGUGUCAUUCUUGUGGCGCUGAUUACGAUCUACGGCCUGUACUUCAUCGCCUCGUUCAUGUACCUGGAUCCAUGGCACAUGUUCCACUCCUUCCCGUUCUACAUGGUGCUCAUGUCCACGUACAUCAACAUUCUUAUGGUCUACGCAUUCAACAACUGGCAUGAUGUCUCAUGGGGAACCAAGGGCUCCGACGCGAACGAAAGUCUCCCAUCGGCCACUGUCACCAAGGGCGAGAAGGACGAAGCUGUCGUGGAGGAGAUUGACAAGCCUCAAGAAGAUAUCGAUAGCCAGUUCGAGUCGACUGUCCGCCGAGCUCUCGCUCCUUUCAAGGAAGAGGUGAAGCCUGAGCCCAAGGACCUCGAGGACUCGUACAAGUCUUUCCGAACGAUGCUUGUCACAACAUGGCUGUUCUCGAACUGUUUGCUUGCGGUUAUCAUCACUAGUGAUAACUUCAACUCGUUUGGCAUUGGCAAAACCGCAUCAGCGCGUACUGCCUGGUUCUUCAAGUUCCUGCUAUUCGCCACCGGCGCCCUCUCCAUUGUGCGUUUCAUCGGUUUCUGCUGGUUCCUGGGCAGGACUGGUCUCAUGUGCUGCUUUGCCAGACGCUAA